CAGUGGUUUCGGUGAGGUCAUUUUUUUCAUUUUUAAUCUUUUGAAAAUCCUUUCUUAAUGGCCUAUAUCACAAAACAAAACUACUGUCCAAAUUUCAUACUCAUAGCAUUAGCGGUUCCGGCUAGGCGAUGAUGAAAUAGUAUAUAAGUAUAUAUACAUUUUGAUUUCUGGACUUCAACCUAUUAGCGUAUGCACUGCGUUCAUGGCCAGGAGACACCAGUACACCACGGAGUAGUUAGCUGAUGCUGAUAUGUCUCUAAAAAUAUUUUUUUAGUUAUUAUACUUGAACAAUUGUCUUUAAAUUCAUUAUGCUUUCAUGUCUAUUUAAAAAUUACAUUUGUCAACUUACACUAUGGCAAUAAAAUGGGGAAUACUAAGUGCUUCCAAAAUCUCCCACGAUUUUGUUGUAGCUUUAGAAACAUUGUCUGCUGAAGAUCAUAAAGUAGUGGCGGUUGCUGCAAAAGAUAUAUCCAGGGCCAAAGAUUUCGCAGAUGAGUUUGGUAUCUCUACUUAUUAUGGUUCUUACGAGGAGCUUGGCAAUGAUUCCAAUGUUGACGUUGUUUAUAUCGGUGCUCUUAAUCAUCAGCACUAUUCAUUGACCAAAUUAAUGCUCGAAAGUUGUAAGCCCGUGUUAUGUGAAAAACCAUUUUGUAUAAACGCCAAAMAACUCGAUGAAUUAAUAAAGCUAUCAAAAGCUAAACAGUUAUUUCUAAUGGAAGCUAUGUGGAGUCGUUUUACACCAGCCUAUCAAAAAGUAGUCGAAGAAGUGCAAAACGGAACUAUCGGUACCGUCUUACACGUGCAGGCCAACUUUGGUAGACAAAUGUCGAACAUCGAAAGAAUUUGGAAAAAAGAAGUGGGAGGAGGCUCAAUACUUGAUAUUGGUGUUUAUACACUGCAUUUAAUUGAUACAAUACUCGGGCCCGGCAAGCCCGUAUUUAUAGAAAGUAAAGGAACGUUAAAUUGUCACGGUACAGAUGAAAAUAUGUCUGCUAUCCUCGAGUAUCCCGAAGGAAAAAUAGCCGUGGUCUCGGUGCACACUAAAGUGGAAAUGGACUGUUCAGCUUUCAUACAUGGAACUAAGGGCACAAUCAAGAUUCAUGAACCAUUUCACGCUUCAAAACAAGUAACAGUUAACACAACCAAUAAUACUUCAAAUUAUACAUUUGUACAACCAGAUACCAGAAAACCCACACUAUUUCCAAGUAGUGUUCAGUUACGUUAUGAAAUAGAUCAUGUCAGAUAUUGUUUAAAGAAAGGUUUUACCGAAUCGCCAGUUGUUUCUCUAAAUAAUAGUUAUACCGUGCAAGAAAUGAUGGAUCGACUGAGAAAUCAAAUUGGUGUAUACUUUGAAGAUUAUGAUACUUCUUCGUGAAUUGUUAAAAUACAUAUAAAUUACCUAUAAUAUUUUAAUAUUUAUUUAGGUACAUGGUCAAUCGUACAUACCUACUAUUUUUUUUUAUAUCCAGUGAUAACCAACUGACAACUGUUGGAUAUCACACGAUUCUGCACAAUUACCGGGAGUUACCCGUUUCCACAAAAAUGAAAAAAGUACGAUUCCCGUUUUUGCCAAAAGACGUCACAAAAAAGUUUGGAAACCAAUUAUGUAAUUUUUAUAUGACCUAUACUUACGAAUGUUAUUUUUUUAACCGAUUUUAAUUUGAAAUAUCGAAAUAUUUAAAUGUAAUAGAUAUGUGAUAUUAUGCUAUUGUAUAAUAUUUAAAAACUCUAAAUUAAUUAUGCCAAUA